UCUCCCCUUUUUCUUCUCCCAAAUAUAAAGUGGCGCAAGUGAAGCGUGUGGGACUUCACCGUAAUCCUCCGAGCGCCAGUGGACUUCCGAUUUCUGAGAAAGAUCUCUUCCCAGAGGGGCCACAGCCACAUAAACAGGUUGCCUUGGCGCCCUCCUGUGGCUCUUCCUCACCAUGUCAGCCUUCGUGCUACAGCGCCUGACCACGCUAACCGUCAGCGUCAAACAGUUCGGCCGCAUCCCAAAUCUCGUCCAGUGCCUCCCCUCCUCCUUACCCUCUCUUAAGCCCACCGUGAGCGCAUCCCAGGUCCCUUUGCUUUUCCGAGAGCCCUACAUUCUCACCGGGUACCGCCCCCUCCACCAAAACUGGUACUGCUACCUCUUUAGCCUCUUCCAAAAACACAAUGAAACCCUCAAUGUGUGGAGUCACCUGCUGGCUGUGCCCAUCCUGCUGCUUCGCUGGUGGAGCCAUUUUGGGGCCCUGGGGAACCCUUUGGACAUUUCGGUGCUACCUCUUUGCCUGUUCAUUGCCUCCGUCCUGAUUUGUUACUCUUGUAGCUCAGUGGCUCACAUGUUUCAAUCGCACUCCGAACGAGCUCAUUACUGUGUCUUCUUCAUGGACUAUAUAGGAGUUGCAGUUUACCAGUAUGGCUGCGCACUAGGACAUUACUUCUACACGUCGGCGCCCGAGUGGAGAGCUAGCAUUUUCGGACAGUAUUUUCUCCCUGGGACGGCGUUUUUGGGAUUGAUGUCAUGUCUUGGUUGCUGCAUUGCGAAAUCCAGGUAUCACAAACCGUAUCCGAUGGAACGUAAAAUUUGCCAGCUGAUCCCAUCUAGCCUAGCGUACUUUUUGGGAAUCAGCCCUGUUGUGCACCGUUUGCUAACUGGAUCCUGGGAAGAGGAACCAUCUCUGAACUUCCACGCCCUUCAGAUCUUGUUUUUCUUCAGCUCUGCUGUCUUCUUCUCCUGUCCGAUUCCUGAAUACUUCUUUCCAGGAAAAUUUGAUUUCUUCGGACACGGACACCAGCUCUUCCAUGUAUUGCUGUCACUUACCACUCUUUGCCAGCUGGAGGCGUUCUACCAGGAAUACGAGAUAAAUAGAGAGAACACUGUAGACAUUUUUGGAGAAAGUCAAAUUUGGUGGGCAUCUGUGUUUUUCCUGGUUCUUGCGAUUUCUUCCCUUUUUGUUGGCCUUGCCUCGAUGAAGUACAUGCAAAACAAACUGAACAAAGACGGAAAGAAGACUGUAUAAACUUUGAUUAUAUAUUUAGUUUUGUUAAAUUAAACCAGGACUCGUUGUUUCAUGAAUAUGAUUGUCAAAGUGUUAUGUAAUAAAAGAA